CGCCCACGGCCACACAGCAGCAGCUGCAGCUGGACGCGCAGGCGGCCCAGCAGCUCCAGUACGGAGGGGCGCUGGGCGCGGUAGGCCGCCUCAGCAUCACCGUGGUGCAGGCCAAGUUGGCGAAGAAUUACGGCAUGACCCGCAUGGACCCGUACUGCCGCCUGCGCCUGGGCUACGCGGUGUACGAGACGCCCACUGCCCACAACGGCGCCAAGAACCCCCGCUGGAAUAAGGUCAUCCAGUGCGCCGUGCCGCCCGGGGUGGACUCCUUCUACCUGGAGGUCUUCGACGAGCGAGCCUUCUCCAUGGACGACCGCAUCGCCUGGACGCACGUCACCAUCCCCGAGUCCCUGAAGCAGGGCAAGGUGGAGGACGAGUGGUACAGCCUGAGCGGCCGGCAGGGUGACGACAAGGAGGGCAUGAUCAACCUGGUCAUGUCCUACACGUCGCUGCCGACCGCCGUGAUGAUGCCGCCUCAGCCCGUGGUCCUGAUGCCCACCGUGUACCAGCAAGGCGUCGGCUACGUGCCCAUCACAGGUGUGCCCACUGUGUGCAGCCCUGGCGUGGUGCCCGUGGCCCUGCCCCCGGCAGCUGUGACUGCGCAGCCCCGCUGCAGCGAGGAGGACCUGAAGGCCAUCCAGGACAUGUUCCCCAACAUGGACCGGGAGGUGAUCCGCUCCGUGCUGGAAGCCCAGAGAGGGGACAGGGACGCAGCCAUCAACUCCCUGCUCCAGAUGGGCGAGGAGUCCUAGGGCCCCGGCCCCUCUCGACCUGCCGGCCCCGCCCCCCACCCGUUCCCGUGAAGGAGCCCAGUGUCGCCUUCCCUCAUCCACCGCAGCCCCAGUCCCCACCCUCUUUCGGGAUGCAUGUGGGUCGUUGGUCCCCGGCCGCUGAGCGUCACCACCGCUUGGGUGCGGGCGUGGCCGGCUCUGCUCCCGGCUUUGUCGGGGGGAGAACAGGCACGUGGGCCGUGUCCCGUGUCCACACCCUCGCACCCCCCUGCCGCUUAGGGACAUGUGUCUUCAAGUGCCGUGUGCUUCUGCUCCCCACGCUGUCCUGAGUGCACUCGUGGAGCAGCCUGCGUCCCCCAGGCGUUAGGAAGCGCUGAGCCUCGGGGCACGCGGGUGCCCUGCUCGGUCGGGUGGACCUCAGGUCUCGGGCGCUUAGAACGUUAGUGGCCAGUGAGGACUGCUUUCACAGCCUGGCUCCAGGUCACGGCCGUCCCUGAUGCCCCCUGUCUGUGGUCGGGGCCGCUCACCAGUGUCCCGGGCAGGCCGACCUCCGUGCUGCCAGCCAGCGGCGGGCUCAGCGUGAUGCCCGUCCACCCGCCUGCCCCCACCCGCGGGCUCUGGAGCAGGGCUGCCCCCGGGACCCCACUAUGCCUUUCCCUGCCAUGUUUCAUGCCAACAUUGUGGGGUGUUUCUCCGCGGGCCCCCCCUCCUUUCCCUGACCAGCUCUUGGAACAGAACGUAAAACUGAGGGUGGAAAGUAGUAGGUGUGGUACUUUGUAUUCGUUUAUUAAAGGGCGUUAGGAACCGCUGGCUUACCACUGACGUUAAUUUCAGUAAGUGUCGCACUUGCGAGUUCGGUUUGGGUGAAAACAGCAAACCAGUGAGUGUGUGAGUCCUCCGGAGAGGCAGGGGCAUGCGCUGCGCUGUGGCCGCGUGGCGCCCGAGGCUUGAGCUGUGGCCCCAGGAUGGGACACGGUGGGGGACACUGUGUGAAAGCCUGCAGGCGGGCACUGCCAUGGCGCGGGCGCGCACACUUGCCUGCAGAUAGGGGGUCUUGUUGCCAUGGGCACCACCGGCCCUGGCGGGAGGCCCCUCGAAGGGUCAGCGCCAGGACAGGAUCUGUCCAGCCUUCCCUGCUCGCAGGGUCUCCUGUUGGCUGGAGGCCGCCAGGCGGUGGGGGGCGGGGGGGGGGGUGGCUCCGCCUAGGUGGGUCCUGGCCCCUCGCUGGGCCUAGGAGCCCCGCCUUCUCGAGGAGCCCGCGUUCCCACGUCAAGCCGUUGGGGCCCGUGUCCAUGCGCAGACUCCUCCCUGAACGGGCGAAGUGGUGGGCAGGCCUGCGGCGCUCGUCCUGGGGGACAUUCACGUCCCGGGACCCCAGUGCCACCCUGGCGCUGUGGGGACGCUUGUGCGCGUCAGGGACGUGCUUCCCACAGGGACGGGCACCAGGCUCGCUCACGGGGCCUCGGCCAGCAGGAGAGGGUCCCCGGACCUGUCGCUUCUGCUCCCCUUUCUUGCGAAGACCGUGUUUGUGGCGUCCUGGAGAGCCCGCCCCCGGCCAAGCCGUCGCUGCCUGUGGGGGCCAUCCAUUCCUCCUCCGCACCCCCCACCCGCCUGCUUGUGGGCCCAGGCCUGUGGCGGCCUGCCCCUCCCGCGGGACGUCACCGUGCCGCCGAAGCGGCUGGAGGACCCGCUUCUCACGUGGCCGCCGCGUGGCCACCACAGCCUCCCGCGAGCCAGGGCGCUGCUGUCCGGGGCCCCGGGGCCCCUGUGCGCUGGCCGGUGGCGUCUCCUCCGGCUGCAGCCCCCGACGCGGUCAGGGCAGGGAGGCUGGAGCGUCUGCGCCGUGGCUUCUUCCCGCGCCUCCUUCCGCGAGCGGCCCCCGGGCGGCAGCUCUGCGCUGGGGACGCCCCUCAACUGAUGCUGGUUCUUGUGUUGGGGUCCAGAGACAGAUCUAUCUUUGAUUGUGAAAUAUAUUUUUGCUUAUCAGCCUUCUAAUUUAAUAAAUGGUAUCUAUGAAAAUAGAGAAUUAAACUCCUUCAGUGAAACUUUA